AUGUCUACAGUUUCAUGUGAUAGAGUGUUAAGUAAUCAUCAAGGAUCAGUUACAGCAGUAAAAUAUAAUAGUGAUGGGGCAUAUUGUAUCAGUGGUUCACAGGAUAAAACAUUAAAACUUUGGAAUCCAAACAAAGGUUCAAUGAUCCACAGUUUUGAAGAGCAUGGUUAUGGUAUUAUAGAUUUUUGUUCAAGUUUAGAUAACAAACAAUUAUUUUCAUGUGCUGAAAAACAACUUUAUCAAUGGGAUAUUGCAAAUGGUUCAGUAGUUAGAAGAUUUCAAAAUGCACACAACGAUACAAUCACUUGUGUAUGUGUAAAUAAUGACUCAUCACUCUUAUUCACAGGUUCAAAUGAUAAACUAGUUAAAGCUUGGGAUUUAAGAAGCAACUCUUUUAAUCCUGUACAGAUUUUAGAUGAUGCAAAAGAUUCAAUUACUUCAAUUAUAACAAAUGAAACAACACAAACUGUAGAUUUAAGUGGUCAUGAAGUAAUUACAAGUAGUGUAGAUGGCUCGAUUAGACAAUAUGAUGUUAGAAUGGGAACUUUAACCACCUAUGACGAUACAAUUCCAAUAUCAUCAGUUUCAAUUACCAAAAAUAAGAAAUGCUUCAUUGCAAGUUGCACAGACGAAACUAUUAAACUUAUUGAUAUAGAUACAUAUGACACACUAAAAGAAUAUAAAUCACAUAAAAACUCAACAUACAAGAUAAACAGUUGCAGCAAUUAUAACGACUCUUUAAUUAUUGGUGGUUCUGAAGAUAACGAUUUUUAUAUUUGGGAAUUAUCAUCAGCCAAACUCUUACAUAAAUUAUCGGGUCAUACCAAUGUUAUUACACACGUUAAUGCCCAUCCAACAAAAAAUCAAUUUAUUACAAGUUCCACCGAUUGUACAAUUAGAAUUUGGUCAACACAAGAAUAA